AAACUCGCUCGGCGCUUGAUCCACUGUUGAAAUUCCCGGUCUUGGGGACGUCGACCGAGGCCGAGGAACGUGUGCAGCCUUGCAAGAGACAGUAGAAAGUUGUAAGAGCUCGAGUAUGUCGGCGUGAAAUCGCGACAAAAUGCCAAAACGGUGCAAGUUGUUCAAGUGAAGAUGUUGAUUGUGGUGCUUGUGGCCGUUUUGGUGGGCUCAGCUUCAUGUCAAGAAGACGACGAAGGUCCUUACAAAGGCAAACACAUCGGAAAACUCAAUUCCUACCACCAUGAAGUCCACGGUGAAAUCUACGCCGUCGACGAAUACACCCUUCUCCUGACAGCCUUCGGCUACGAUGGCAACGGUGCCGACACCUUCUUCUGGGCGGGCGCUUCCAACAGACCCGGACCUCAAGGAUUCAUCGUUCCCGAUGAAUACGGAAAGACCAACGUCUUGGGGCGCUACCUUCAAAAAGACUUCACUCUUACUCUUCCAGACAACAAGAAAAUAACCGAUAUCAAGUGGUUCGCCAUUUACGACUUGCUCAGUCAGAACACUUUCGGCGACAUUUACAUCCCGGAGGAAUUUGAGCCACCGACUGUGCAGAAAAUCCCGCAGCUAGCGGGAAAAUCCCAUUCGGUGUCUUCCGGAGCUAUCGAGAUUAUGGAUGCAAAAAGACUGAAGUUGAAUGAGUUUCAGUAUGACGGGAAGGCGAAAAGGGCGCAUUUUUGGGUGGGGGUGGGAGCCCAACCGGUGUCGAAAGGGCACAAAGUUCCUGAUGAGUACGGAUAUUUAGAUCAUUUGAGGGAAUAUAAGAGAGAAACUAUUACGUUGGAGCUACCAGGAGACUUAUCUAUUUUUAAUAUAGACUGGUUUAGUAUAUUUGACCUCGAAACCAACCAAAAUUUGGGAUCUAUUAUCAUACCUGAUGGACUAAACGUGCCGCCGUCGUUGGUUAAAGUUUUCCCUCACAAACACCACCUUCCCAACUGUUUACAACUCCACAAAGACUUCCAAGUCUCUUGGGAAAUUUUCGGUCACCAAAUGACCAUCCAACUCGCUGGACAAGUAGACGAAGAUGAGUAUAUGGCUUUUGGUCUCUCCGGUUCUACGGAAAAGAGUCAAAUGGUGGGGUCUGACGUCACUAUUGCAUACCUAGACGGCUACCGUGGUUUUGCAAGUGAUUAUAACAUCACAGCUUUAACACCCUGUGUUAAAGUUCUGGGACAGUAUAAAGGAGUAUGUAAGGACGAAUUAGUUGGUGGACAGGACAGUAAUCAGAUGCACACCGCAACUAGAGAAAACGGUAUAAAUAUCAUCACGUAUCGUAGAUCUUUAAUUUCAGCUGAUUCUGGGGACCAAGUAUUUCCAACUGAAGGUUCAGCGUACAUAAUAUGGGCUCUAGGUCGCCUCGACCAUAACAACGAACCCACCUUCCACGACAUCUACCCUAAGUCGAACAUCAGCGUAGAGUUCAACCCAAAAGAACCCACAUCUAAUUGCUUUUCGUUCACGCGUUCGGACACCCAACUGCGUGAGCCAUGGUCGAAGGGUCAAAUCUACGACAAGACCAUUCGUACCUUUAAAGCCUAUUUAGGUCCAUCUGGUGGUAAAAGGGGUUACCAAGGUACCACAGGUCAAACGUCCACUGCUCUAGCAUGGUACAUCAACGGGUUACUAGCGCCGGAAUUGUGGUUAAGGAGAGGGUUGACCUACGCCUUUAGGGUGUACGGAGGCAACAACCCCCACAGUGCGGAAUUUUACCACCCUAUGAUCAUCACGGAUGAUCGUCAUGGAGGUUUCGAUAGGCUUUCGGACGAAGCGCAGUCAAAAAUUAGGGUGUUAGCCGGGGUGGAGUAUUCGAGAAGAGGAAGACCAAGACCUAUAGCAGCGGGACCUUUAUGUUUGGCAAAACACAAAGACAUGAUGGAUCGUCGUCUGGAUGACGAUUUUCCCAGUUUUAGGAAGUUUAAUCGCAGUUUAGUGACGACUUGUGAAGAGGGCGAUCCUGGAAUUUUGGAAUUCACCCCUAAUACGUCGUGGCCGGAUACGGUUUACUACAACUCUUUCACCCAACCUAACAUGGGGUGGAAAAUUCACGUGAUCGAUAGUUUUUCCUUGCGAGGGAGUGGAGAUGAGAAUUUAAAAUUUAAUUAUUUCCUUCUAGUUCUAGCGGUGUUUGUUAAGCAAUUCACGAGAUUGUUUAUUUAAACAGUGAUGCCAUAAAAGACUUAUUUUCAAUUUUGGUGAUUGUGGAAAGUUUGCAGGACUUAAUUAUUUAUUGUAAUUAAUACUCCUGAAUUGUACAUUAUUUAUAAAUAAAGUGAUAGAAUCUUU